ACCAUCGCGCUUCAACCAAUGUCGGGUACUUCAAUUGCAUGAUCUUUAUCUCACAAGUAUGUUGGGUGUCGUCAUUUUCUAGCAAUUUUGCACACGUGGAACUUUGCUAAUAUUGCCUCGCCCAUAAAAUUUAGAAAAUCUGUUAAGAACUAACGGCUCGAGAUUCUGAAGUAAACAGUUAUAUAUAGCAUGGAUCAGGAAUCCAGGCGCAAGGGCCCCAGAAGCCCUAGCGCUGAUUCGGAUGAUUCCUCGCAUAGAAGAAGAAGGAAGUAUGACCGAUCGCCAUCACCCAGGCGAGUCGUCAGGUAUCGGAGAUCCCGGUCCAGAGACAGGAGAUCCCGUUCAAGUUCCAGAGAUAGAAGAAGAAAGGAUCCCAGCAGAUCUCAAGAUUGGAAGCAGCAGGCUCCGCCGACUCAGUCACAGAGCGCUGUGCCUAAUCCGAACAGUUCUACAGGAUAUGUUUCAGCAGUACAUAAUCAAUAUCAGGCACCUCCACCAAACACAAGUCAACCACCGCCACCUUUAUCAGCUUACAACCAGGGUUAUAACAACUACAGUUACAACUAUGGCGCAGGUUACGACUAUAAUUAUCCGCAGCCUGCUGGUUAUCGAAGUGAUUAUCCGCCACCCAACUGGCAAGGAAAUCAGGUGUCGUAUAAUAACCAACAAGCACCGCCACCACCGACUCUGGCAUCGCAGCAAGAAUCAUCGAGGCCGAUUGACAGCGGUUCUGCGAGCUUGGUGACAUCCAUGUCGAGACCAGAAGAUGUCAAGAAAGAAGCAAUCGCAGCUGAGGUGAAACAGCAGAAAGCGACAUUGGCGAAGCAACGUGAGGAAUAUGUUAAGAAAUCAACAACAUUGCAACGUGAACUGGAAAUUCUGCGUCAACAAUGUGACGAGAUCGGCAAGGAGGGUGGACGUGAGAACAACCGCAUCAUAAAAGAAAACCAAAAGUUGCAGAUCGAGAUACAGAAUAAAAUGAAAUCUAUUCACAACGUCAUCGACAUGCUCACCGGCAUUAUCGGUGACAAAGUCACCGUGGAAGAUCUGAAGAACAAGUUUAAGCUAGAAUUAAAACGCUCGAGAAGCCCGAAAGAGGACUUCCCGAAAGGGAAGUCCCCCUCGCCCGACAGGUCGUCCGCUUCUGAUUCCGAUAAAGAAUCCAAAACGGAUAAAGAUAUUAGGGAGAGAAGAUCGUCGGAGGAUAAGCCAAUGUACAAUUUCGUACACUACGAUCCCGAAAUGCAUUGGUGUAAAGUCUGCGAUAUCUUUCCUAAGACAGCAAAGGAGUAUUUAAAUCAUCUACAUAGCAAUGAGCACAAAGAGGCAUGCUUAGAACGCAAGAUAGUUGAUAUGCCUUGGCAUGAACGAAACGGCGAGGGGACAGAAAAGGAGGUGCUCCAUUACCCUGGCCUGCCGACGAAAAGAACACCUAUCAAAGGUCUGCAAUUCUUCAGCGCGGCUACAGCAUGGUACUGCAAACUCUGCGAUUCGUGGAUCGGUGAUCUCCAUUGCGCUAGUCUCCACCUGAAGUCCAAACGACACUCAGAGAACUUUUCUCGUUUCGUGGACCAGAACCCGCAUUGGGAGACCGAUUGGAUGGCUGAUCGUGAGAAAGCGUUCUCCGAGGAGAAGCACAAGCAGAUACAAUUAGAGCUGCAGAAGCAGAAGGAUGAUGAGCCGCCGAUGAAGUCGAAGAAAUCCAAGAAGAACAAGAAAAAGUCGAAGAAGGCCAAGAAGCGCAGGAACAGAAGCAGCGCGAGCGACACGUCCAGCGAGUCGGAUAACUCGGACACAGAAUCCGACCAGGACACCACCAAGAGCAUACGCGUGGCGAUGCGGAACAAAAUGAAGGCCUCAACGCAGGCGAUCCUGAACGAGGAGAUUGAUUACCCUCGCUUGAAGCUGAAGAGCCACUGGUCGAAAUCACAGGCGGGCCAGUCGCCAGCACCUGCCGAGCAGCACCCGUCCGAGUCGGAUGACAGGCAGCUCCUCAACUCCAUCAGGGACAAAUUGAAGGCCAAGCAGGAGGAAGAGAUGAAGAGCAUCAGCAGCCGCAAGAUGGAUAAGACGAUCGAGAGCGAGGAAGAUAUGCAGCAGGGUAAUUUCUCGAAGAAAACAGAGGAGCUGGAGGCUUGGGGCCCGAAGGAGCCGCCGAAGCCGUUCUGGAUCAAGAAGGAGGAGGAGAAGCCGCAGCCGCAGAUCUCGAACAAGCCGAUCGAGUUGCCGAAGCCGGAGGAGAUGCCUAAGCCGCACAUGGGCUUCUGGACGAAGCAGCAGGUGAAUAUGACGGUGAAGCCACCCGAGAGUAAAUCGGUGGAGAAGGAGGAGGAGAGGGACCGCGACAGGGAUCGCUACAAGGACGAUCGCGACCGAAAGUACAGCAGAUACGAGAGAAGGAGCCGACGGGACCGAGACAGAGACCGGGACCGGGACAGGGAUAGAGAUCGGGACCGGGACCGGGAUCGCGAUUACUACGAGGACCGCCGGAAGCGAGACAGCAACGACUCGCCGCGGCGCGAGAGAAGCUGGCGCGACAGUCCCAAGAGAAGCUACGACAAGUACAGCAAGGACAGACGGGAGGAUAACAAUUCGUCGAACGACGAGUCCAAGUUCGAGAAGAAGACGAACGAGUCGGCGUCCAAGUCGAAGAAGGGCGUCGUGCCGGUGAAGAAGGUCACCGCGCAGGUGUCCAAGGGCAAGUUACCGUUCAUCGGUAGACUGCCGUUAUUCAAGAAGAAAGCCGAGGAGCCGAAGCUGCCGGACAAGGACCUCACUCCGUUGCCGUACCAGCAGAGCAAGUUCGAGGACACGCCGAAGGUGCCGAACGAGAUCAUCAAUCCGCCGGGGGUGGUGCACAUCACCAAGCUGGCGACGCCGGUGAGCCUGAACAGCGCGGUCCCGCCGGUGAGCGGCAAGCCGAACCAGCCGAUGAAGAUCUUGGUGGCGCCGCCGCCGCCGGUGCUGAACGAGAGCAAGCCGACGCCGCAGGUGGUCGACAUGGAGAUCGACGACCAGUCCGAGGAGACGGUAAUCGAGGAGCAGCCGAUAGUGGAGCAGCAGAAGCAGCAGCAGCCACCGAGCGUGUCGAAGUUGCCGUUGCCGCCGCACCCGCCGCCGCCGUUGAACAGGCCGCCGCCCAGCUACACGCCGGCGAGCCAGCAGCCGAUGCAGAGUAGACCGGUGCAGAGCACACCGGCGCAGUUCACGCCGAACCGGCCGCCCCCGCCGUUCAUGUCGAACCCACCGCCCUUCGUCCAGGCUCCCACGAGGUUCCCGCCGCAUCAGCCGGUGCGGCCGACCAACCAGACCAUGCCGCCCUUCAUGAACGCGCCGCCGCCGCAGAUGCCGAACGCCGCCGGCGGCAGUUUCGUGUCGAACCACCAGAACCCGCCGCCACCGCCGCCGUCGGUGGACAGCGCAGUGCACUCGGACGUGGCCGACAUCCCGGAGCCGAGCGAGAAACGACCGCCCGCGGAUCCCAGCAUCCCGCUGCCGGACGACCUUCAGGAGGCUCUCAACAUCAUCUUCCCCAAGGAGGAGGCCGCCGAGACCAAGCAGCAGAGCCACCCGGAGGCCAACGUCAUGUACUCGUCCAUGUACAGUAUGCUCGGCUGCGUCGGCUACGGCCCCGAAUAUAUGGACCAACCGCCGCCUGAGAUCAUGCAGGCGGAGGCCGAGGCGGACACGCAACCUGGCCCCGAUGACCUACGCAUGCUGGGUAUAGACGAGGGAGAUACGAUUCUGUAAAUCGCUGGCGCAUGCACAUAUCGAACGCGUGAGCGACUCCUCAUCUCCGUCGGCCGAUUGAGAGCGAGAGAUUAAUUGAUUGAUUUACAGAUGCUUAUCAUUCACUCGAUAAUAUGUCGUCGCACGAUAAAUAACGCGUGGGUAUUUCGGCGGUGGCGGGAUUUACUGGCGACGCGUACUUGGCACGUUGAAACCGAAUAUUUGAUAAGGAGAGAGAGAGAGAGGGAAGCCAUCACGAUAAAGACGGUCGCGAGAUACCGUGAGUAGAGAUACACAUACAUACUCGGGUGCGUAGGCUCUGUAAAGAUUACUUAACGACGUACGCUAUUUUGGAGCUCUGUAUUGGAUUAUCUGUUAGACUGUAACAUUUGUUAUCUCUCGUUAGCGUAAGAUUGUCUCCUUUGUUUCUCCUGGUCUCGGUCCAUUGGUCUUGGCAUUGAUGACGCACUCUCUGUAUGAUUAACGUCCGUGUCGCAUUAAGUUUCCAUUAUCCGCCGCCACAUCGAGUCCGGUGGCUCGGAGCCUCGUCUGCGUCUUGAUUCGAUGUUACAGAACUUAUGUUUAUGCACGUAUAUUCUUUCGACCCUGUGUACGUUCGCUAGGAGAUCGGCGAUCUGGGCAAAACACGGCUUUAUCGUUUAUCUUAUCUUGCAUUAUAAGAAGACCAGAUGGCAGGGACGAGAUAUGUAAUAUCCAAUAAAAAAAAAACACACACACGCCGCAUAUUGUGUCACUCGAACGUAUCAUAUAUUCUUCUUUAAUAUUUAUAUUGCAAAUCCGUAACACUCAAGCUUUGCGUCAUAUAAUAUGUACAAUACCAAAAAACUUCAAAUGUAAAACAAAGGCCACUACGCUCGUCGUGUCGAUUGCGAUUUUUAUACGUAAAAGGCUCGUCGUAGUGGCCGCUCGAACGCUGGAAUGUAAUGUCGUGCGCUCAAAGGGGGAGAGAAAGAGAGAGAGAGAGAGAGAGAGAGAGAGAGAGAGAGAGAUACACAG